AUAACAGUGGGUCGGGGUGCGCGCGUGGAGCGCGUUCCAGCAGGAGAGAUGCUGCAGGGAGGAGAGCAGAGGAGAGGAGAGCAGAGGAGAGGAGAGGAGAGCAGAGGAGAGGAGAGCAGAGGAGAGGAGAGGAGGAGAGCAGAAAGACGCGGAGGCGUGUACGCUGAUAGCCAAUAGGAGCGCAGAUCCCGGCGCGAGAGCGCACAUGUUCACCGCGCGCGCUCCGCCGGUCGAGGCUGUGGUCUCGGGGAAAGAGGUCCGGCACGGAACGGAGCUGCACGCGAUUCGUUCCGGAUUUAGGCUCCGGGUAUCGAGGCGGCUGCGCUGCGUGUUGGUGAAAAGGUUUUAUCCAGAACGCCUCACUCGGUUUUUAUGUAUAAGCUGUAAUCAGUCUUCAGCUCCGCCCUGGUGAACCGCUCUCUGCAGACGUGUUCCGUCCGAGGCGCGCGCGCCGCCGUGCCGGGUUUUGUGCGCGUCUCUGCGAGGAAAACAAACAGCCCGACAGGAGGAAAAAAAAAUAAAAAUCCUCGCCGGUCAGAUAGUGAGAGAUGUGCGGCGUGUAUCCGAUCUGCACUCGGCACAUUUAGCGGCGUUUCGGUGAAUCAGUAUGGUUGUUGGUUUUUUUUUUUUUUUGACAUCCUGAUUAAACAGUGGAGCGCGCGCGCCUGAGUGUGAGCAUGCACUCUGGGGCUCGGUCCGCAUCUGCAGAGCUCGCGCUGUUACACGGUUCUUAUUCUGGCUUCGACGUUUAUUAUUUAUAAAAGGCAGGGGUUUCAGAAAUAAAUAUUAUCAUCAUCAUCGAGAUUUUAGAUCUCCGUGAUCGCUGGAGUCAUGCACGCCCGGCGCCUGGUGAAGCGCUCACUGAUCGGUAGCCGCGUGUACGCGCCCGGCUCGGGAGCGGCGGCGGGGGAGGCGGGAGAGCGCGAGCGCGAGAUCAGAGACGCACCGGUACCGAGCGGGCACACAGAGGAAGAAGCUGUCAAGGGAGCAAGGAAGCCGAGCUUGAAGAGUUUGUGUAACGGCGGGCAGCGUGACAUGCCGGCACAGGGUCAGAACGGUGGCGCACAGAAGAGCGAGAACACAAACGGGGUGGAGGAGCUGCGGGCACCCGAGCAUAGACGAACAGGCCGGACGCUAGACAUGGAGAAGGACAGCACACGCUCCGUGUCGCUGCUCGAGCAGAAACGCAAGGUCGUCUCGUCCAGCAUCGACGUGCCACAUGCCAGGAAAUCAGACGAGGAGGUCGAUAUGGAUAAAGUGACUGCAGCUAUGGUGCUGACCAGUCUGUCCACAAGUCCUCUAGUGCGCAGUCCUCCAGUUAAAGUUAUCGAGGGUCUGAACGGCUCAUGGAAGGAUGGCGGCUUCACUCCGUCCAGUUACAGUAGCAGCGGCUUCUGGAGCUGGAGUGCUCCCAGUGACCAGUCCAACCCCUCCACGCCAUCUCCGCCACUCUCAGCUGACAGUUUCAGACCGUUCCGUAUGUCCAGCCUCAGCGGGCCACAGGAUGACACUCUAGACGAGCAGGACACUAGCAGUCUGCUGUUUGACGAGCCCAUUCCCCGCAAACGCAAGAACUCCAUGAAGGUGAUGUUCAAGUGUUUGUGGAAGAACUGCGGCAAGGUGCUGAGUACUGCAGCAGGAAUCCAGAGACACAUCCGCACCGUACACCUUGGGCGGAACUGUGACUCGGAGUGCAGUGAUGGAGAGGAGGAUUUCUAUUACACCGAGAUUAAGCUGAAUACAGACUCGGUGGCUGACGGGCUGAGCAGUCUGUCCCCUGCGUCUCCGUCUGUUCUGUCUCCUCCACCUGCCGCCGAACACAGACGAACCGAAACCUCCAACAGCACCAGCGGAGCCAAGAGCGAGAGCAGCAGCUCCACCCCUCUCAGUCGCUCCGCCCCUAGUGCACUCUACCUGGUGCACACUGACCACGCCUACCAGGCCACGGCUCCAGUCUCCAUCCCCUCCACCAGCUCAGCUCGCUUCACCCCCACCAACAGCAGCAGCUUCAGCAUCUCCUGGCAGUCCCCACCCGUCACCUUCACCGGAACCCCGGCCUCUCCGUCUCACAGUCAGACACAGGGCUUUAGUGAGCAGCGCUCUCAGACCAUCCCAGUGCUCUCGUCUCUACCCCGAGCCUCAGGCUCACUCAGCAGGAAGUCCCGAGGUGAGGGUAAGAAGUGCCGAAAGGUGUACGGGAUGGAGAACAGAGACAUGUGGUGCACAGCGUGCCGCUGGAAGAAAGCCUGCCAGAGGUUUGUGGACUGAGCUGCCUAGGAAAAAAGGGCGGGGCUUCCUUCACUUGCAAAACUGUUUCUGCUCCACCUCCUCCACCACAGUCCCCACAAUCCUCCACUUCCUGGCCUGGAACCAGGAUCUCAAACAGAACUCUUCAAACAUUCCCAGUGUACUUGCCAAAAACUCGGAGAAAGGCGAGUAGCGCUAUAUUGCAAAAAAAACAAACAGGCAAAUUCUUAUGUUUGAUGGGGGAUUUUCUUAUGUUUUUUUUUUUUUUUUUAAACGUUUAGCUGUAAAACAUUCGUGCAAGUCAUGGAGGGACCAGACAUCAUGGGUCCAAUCACUGCCUGAGUUUUGUUUUCUAAAAAAACAACAACAACAAAAAAAAAUCAAGAGGAACACUUAGAGUGCUACAAAAUGGAGUCCAGACCAAGAUCCUUGUUUUCCAUGAACACUUUUCCACUUCUGCUUUUCAGCAGGGAUAAACAUGAGCGCCAACUGCCAACCACACUCGAGACUGUCCACCCUCGCUCUGAGAGACUGCGUGGCUGUGGUUGUGGUUGCGUGUGUUUAGGGAGGAGCGUGCCCCCUGGUGGAAAUGGAUCAAAAAAUGAUAGAUAAGCAUAAGGAGAAGGAUAAGCCACAGCUUUUCUUCCGUAUAGUCACAAGCAAUUACACUCACUAGGGAGGGACAGGUUUUCUAUCUCUGUUUGUAUAUGUGUGUGUCAUUUCUUUCAGGGAUGAUGCGUUCAGCGAAAGCAAAACCAGCAGCUAAAAGUUAAAAGCAGUGAAGGUAAUCGUUUUUUUUUUCUUUUUUCAGUUUUUAGGAGACGUAUAUAUCUAUAUCUAUAUAUACAUGCAACCAAAAAAGGAUUCUCUGUGCCAUUUCUGUUUUUGGGUUUUGUACUCAGUUGUGCACGACUGCCAUGUUCAUAAAUCCCCCACACAUCAGAUAACGGCAGCGUAAACCGAGCCACACUCACUCAGAUGAGCUUGCGUAAAAAAAAAUGUAAAAAAAAAAGCUUUGUCCUUCGAUCAUUAACAGACAGGUCGGCACGCCCACCUGCAGAGCAUCGUCCCGACGCUUUCAAAGAGGCAGUGAGUAAAAGAUCUCCGUCUGCACCCGUUUUUUUUUUUCCCCCUAACCUCACACAUGUUAAGUAGGAAGUAAUAAAAAGAUCGAGCACGUACUCCGUCGGCCCCGGGAGCUCACUCAGUGGGCACAAGCUGGAAGCACUGUUGUUUAUUGUCUGUCCUUGAGAAGAUUGUGUAACUAUGCUGCACAGUGAUCACAUGAGGAGGAAAUGGGAUUUUUCUCCACGCUGCUCCAGGUGAUGAAGACUCCGUGACUCCAGCAGUGAUGGACUUUUAUGCAAGAAGAAAACGGUUGCUCAGGGGGCAGUUGUAAGUUCUCUGGCGCUGUUUUUGUCCCUAUCAAUGCAGUAUUGAAUAAACAAGUAUCCAACACACAGCUCAACACCAGCACACACACACACCAACCACACUUUAGUCUCCUUCAACAGCUCUCUUAUUCCUUCGUUCAGGAUGAUUAUGUAUGUAGUUCUAAGCUAAAUUUUAAAACACUGAGAAUUGUUUAGCACUUCACGCAAACCGAGACACUGUUUACACCUGGUCAGUUCAUGCUUCGUGUGUAUCAGGAUGAUCCCCGGAUCAGGAUUAUUUACCUCAGGUGUAAAUGCACCCGAGAUGCAUUUAAGACAGAUUACAAUCUGAUUUCUCAGGAGAUCUGAGACAACGCUAUUAGAACAUUCAGUAAACGUUCUACAGGUUCUUUAAAGGCUCGAUCAACAUUCCAGAAAUAAACGUUCCUGCAAUGUUUCUCACACAACGUCCCCAGUGAGACAAAAAAAAACCUAUUGAAAUGUAAAAAAUGAAAAAAAAAAAUAAUAAUGUUGCUGCAACGUUGUAGGAACACUUAUAAGCGUUAAAUGUUCUCAGGACGCCUGGAGAAACAGAUCAGAUAUUUCUAGAACAUUCAGAAAACAUUGUGCCCAUGUAAAAAUUGUUAGCUGGAGAGAUUCAUUUCAGUCAAGUGUAAAUAAAUCCGUAUCUCUCAGCCACAUUCAACAACCACAACCUGUCUCAAUGCACUACACAACAACACACUGAGGCCGUGACUGCUGAAGCUUAGGGGUGUUGAUUUCAUUCUUUGAGACAAUAUGAUGCACAUUUUAAUAGAUUGUAUUUGAUACGAUACAAAAACAAUACAGAAAAACACAAGUCACGUUUUUAAUUUAUGACUGAACUAAUAUGAUUCGAUACAGCACUGAUACCAUUCAAUUCAGGUCCGACCAGUAUGAUUUAAUUCAGUUACAUUUAACAUGUAUUGAUGGCGCACACCCCCUUGCUCUCUCUCACACACACACACGUGAACCAGCGAGUGUAUAUUUAUUGCUGUAUACGUACAUUGAUUUUCAACAGCAGUAUUGGUUUUAAACCGUUUUUCUUUCCAAUUCGAACUGGAUAUCGGCUUGUAAAUCAGCUGUAUCGUCGACUGCCAGGCUGAUAUUCCUAUCUGAAACUUUUUUUUUUACACCCCUACUGAAGCUGCCACGUUAAAGAAAUUAAAAAAUACAUUUCUAAUGUAACCCUAGAAAUGAGGAACAGCACAGGAAGUAGAAGGUGUUUAAUAAGCUGAACAUGUCUAUCUGCUUAUUCCACCCAAUCUACUGAUCAGAUUUCAAAUCUUUGGAUUACAAAUGUGUUUAAAAUCUUCUCAGGAUACAAUCAAGAUACAAGAAACAUGAACUGACCAGGUGUAAAAGUGGAUAAAGAUGUGAAAAGUCUAACAGAAUGCUCCCCCCCCCAAAUCCUUGUGCUCCAUUUUUGUGAUGUUUUUCCUACAGAGUACACAGUACUUACUUUAAGGUGAAAAAACUGCCAUUAUAUGUUGUGUUUAAGUUUAUAGUCUAUUAAAGAAAAUGUAGAAACUCUACAA